GCCGCGCAGGCAGCGCCCGCGCCCGGGCUGCCGCUGCGCUGCGGCGCCGCUUGCUUUCUUCCAUCGCAGCCGCCUCCGCUGUUUUCCUCUCUCCCUUUCUUCGAUUUUUUUUCCCCCAUGAAGAUGGCGGCGCCGCUCGCCAGCAAGGCAGGGUCCGCCGGCACCAACAGCAAGCCUCCCUUCCCGGAGCUGGAUUUCCGAUCGGGAGCCAGGGUGGAAGAACUGAAUAAACUCAUCCAGGAAUUCACCAAGCACGACCAGAGGGAGUACGACGACCAGCGAGCCCUGGAGAUCCACACGGCGAAGGACUUCAUCUUCUCCAUGCUGGGCAUGGUUCAGAAACUUGACCAGAAGCUGCCUGUAGCCAAUGAAUACCUGCUACUUUCGGGUGGUGUGCGGGAAGGUGUAGUGGACAUUGAUCUUGAUGAGCUAAACGUCUAUGCACGAGGGACAGACUAUGACAUGGACUUUACCCUACUUGUGCCCGCACUGAAGCUGCAUGACCGCAACCAACCAGUCACACUGGACAUGCGCCACUCAGCUUUGUGCCACUCCUGGCUGAGCCUUCGGCUUUUUGAUGAAGGAACUAUCAGCAAGUGGAAGGACUGUUGCACGAUUGUGGACCAUAUCAAUGGAGCUACCAAUUAUUUCUUCUCUCCAACAAAAGUAGCAGACUGGUUCUAUGACUCCAUUAGCAUUGUCCUCUCCGAGAUCCAGAAAAAGCCUCAGCGAGGGAUGCCAAAGGUAGAGAAGGUAGAGAAAAAUGGGACUAUCAUAUCCAUCAUUCUGGGAGUGGGCAGCAGCCGCAUGCUCUAUGACAUUGUCCCAGUGGUCUCCUUCAAGGGUUGGCCAGCCGUGGCCCAGAGCUGGCUGAUGGAAAACCACUUCUGGGAUGGGAAGAUCACAGAGGAGGAAGUCAUAAGUGGGUUUUACUUAGUGCCUGCAUGUUCCUACAAGGGGAAGAAGGACAAUGAAUGGAGGCUGUCAUUUGCCAGAAGUGAGGUACAGCUGAAAAAGUGCAUAUCCAGUAGCCUCAUGCAAGCCUAUCAGGCCUGCAAAGCUAUCAUCAUCAAACUACUCUCCCGCCCCAAAGCCAUUAGUCCAUAUCAUUUGCGGAGCAUGAUGCUGUGGGCUUGCGACAGGCUACCAGCCAACUACUUGGCUCAGGAGGAUUAUGCUGCUCAUUUCCUCCUGGGUCUCAUUGAUGAUCUCCAGCACUGCUUGGUCAACAAGAUGUGCCCUAACUAUUUCAUCCCUCAGUGCAACAUGCUGGAGCACCUCUCUGAAGAAACUGUCAUGCUGCAUGCACGGAAGCUGUCCUCGGUGCGCUCAGACCCUGCUGAACACCUUCGAACUGCUAUUGAACAUGUCAAAGCAGCCAAUCGGCUAACACUAGAGCUCCAACGACGGGGCAGCACCACCAGCAUCCCCUCCCCACAGUCGGAUGGAGGGGAUAGCAACCAGCCUGACGACCGAUUAGCCAAAAAGUUGCAACAGCUAGUGACUGAGAACCCAGGAAAGUCCAUCUCCGUCUUCAUUAACCCAGAUGAUGUCACAAGACCCCACUUCAGAAUCGACGAUAAAUUUUUCUGAGCUUUCAUCUAUGUUUCUUUGGAGUUUUUGUUUUGUUUUAUUUUUAAAAACUCUUACAGCGUGUAGGGAUUUUUGGUUGAUAUUCCUUGAUGACUCAGUCUCUUGGUUUUUACAUAUCCAGCAUAUAUUGGAUCUGUUGAGAACAAUAUGAAUAAAUUAUAAUUCCUGGUUCUGCAGGACGGUGCAGAUUUUGAAACAAUAUGUUAUGGUUUCAUACGCUGCUUUUGUUUUUUUCGCCCACCCAGCCCCAUUGUCUGUGAGUAGUUUCUAAAGAACGCACCAUAAACACACAUACCAGUGUUAUAUAUAUUUUUUUUCAAGCUUCCAUAAUUUAUGUACCUUUUUGGGCCAGUGAAGGGAGAACUCACCUUCCGUUGCUUAGGAGAUUCAUUUUUUCUCUCCAUGAGCUUCCGUCACCUAAAGAAAUGAUGAGAGACUCUAGGCUGGAAAGCACUACUGGCGAUUUCAUAAGGCCAAACCCAUGGGCUGAAGCCCUGUUCGUCUAUUCUUCACACUUCUCACAGUAGGGGAGAAAGCUGACUUUAGAGAUGAUGAGGCAGCUUUUGGGGGAAAGAGUUGUUUUUGUUUUGAACUACUUUUUGAAUGUAAUUGCUCAUAAUUGGACCUUGUACAGUCCAGAGGGUUGUUUCUGCUGCUUUUCCAUGCAGAAUAAGGUUAUGGAAUGUUAGUUUUAGUGUGUGUAAUUAUUCAAAGCCUUAUUUAAAUUCUAUUAAAGAACAUACCAUUAUAAAUGUUAA